AUGAACAACACGUUCCAUCGCUUCGUUUAUCUCCCCUGGGAUAUUCGGGAGCAGAUAUGGAAAUUCGCGCUUCGACCAUCUCUCCCCGGUGUCCACACCUUCAAACUCUACAAGCCCAACUCAGGCAACGGCACAGAUGAGAAUAUUGAUAUCAUUGCCUGUCACACACGCCAGGGUUCCCUACGUCUCGCCGCCCCUGAUCGCGAGCAAAAGUCCCCUACCGGGAACCACAGUACGGAAAUCACCCAGAACCAGGGUAAUUAUUCGACGUACCUCAUCGAUGGGGGGCUAUGGACUGUCUGCAAAGAGUUGAGGCACGUUAUACAACGCCAUUUCGGCUUUCCCAAGUGGCGAUCCUUGCACGACGAAGACCCCGAGAGAUUCCGACAUGAGGCAGUACGGAAACUGGAUAUGCCAGCAAUAGGCUACUUUGCGGGUAAAGACCCCUACUUCUUUACCGUCUUGCCGAACCGGGAUCUCUUCAUCCUUCAGCCUCAGAACAUAAGCAUGAUGACUCCAGGCGAUAUUAGCUGGCAUGCUCGCGUUGGAGCCCGUUGGCAGGGCUUUCAAGGGUUCCAACACAUCGCGCUGGAAUACAAUAAGUGGUGGGAAUACAUCCUAUCUGAUUUCUCCAACCCUAAACAUGAGGCUAUCAUCAAAGUUCUUAUUACACUGGGGUACCAUGCCGUUGGUGAUAAGCUAUGGUUUAUCGAUUAUACCCUCAGACGAAGACACGAAGUGGUUGCUGAGCCGUCUUCAUCUCGCAACAGGGAAAGCGCCACUUUUUAUCUUCAAGGUCAGCGGUUCGUUGAGGUAGAAUGCUCCCCCAACAGUCUAGAGAACUGGAAGUACACCGAGAGAUUCGAUGUGCUCUCAUGA